AUGGGUCCCCCAGACAGUCCUUACGCAGGAGGAGUCUUUUUAGAUACUAUUCAUUUUCCUCUAGAUUAUCCAUUUAAGCCAUCAAAGGUUGUCUUCAGGACAAAGAUUCGGAAAAUUGUUAAUGAGAUACCUCCUCGCCGCCAGACGCUGAUGUACACUGCAACUUGGCCCAAGGAAGUGCGUAAAAUUGCUACCGAUUUACUAGUUAAGCCUGUUCAGGUUAACAUUUGGAAUACUGAUGAGCUUGCUGCAAACAAGUCCAUCACUCAGGUUUCUGUGUUGGCUCUUUGGUUACUUAAUAUCAAGAUUUUUACAAGGUUUGAGGUUAAUUACAUUUGGACUUUAAACCUUGGAGCGGAUCAUCAACAGUUUGUGAAAAGGUGUUUGAUGGGGAUGGUUGUGCUGCUAGUUGCAUGUCUCGUUGCAUUCGGAUUGUUCUCUCCAUCUACUGAUGCUAUUGCCAUCCCGAUGGUGAUAUACCCAUUUGGCACCCUUGCUCUGCUUAGUCUGCUAGCAUGCAUACGUGAGGGGGAUGGUUUAAGGGGGUUGGCCGCGGCAUUGGGACAUUUGGUGUCUACGGAUCCACCUGGAUUUGCAGAUGCUUUUUUGGUGGAUAUAUUCACAUCCAUGGCAAAGGUUUUUUCAGAUUUCCUAUGCUUGGUCGUUCAAUGGAUGGUGUAUAUUUCGGCAAAUCAGCAGUUCUUCUCCAGGACAUUGUACGAUGAUCCCACUUGUGGAAAUCAUGUAAUUGCCGUCAACAUUGCUAUGAUGUCUCCGUUCGUGUUUCGCUUCUAUCAAUGUCUUAGACUUCGUCAGUUACGGAAUGCUCUCAAGUAUUUGUGCUCCAUAGCAAUUUACAUUCUAUCUAUCGUAGAGAGCUUAUAUGGUGGGAUAUGGUGGAAGACCAUAUUGAUAGUUGUUUACAGUGGUAGCUCCGGAUACUCUUUCUAUUGGGAUAUCUUCGAAGACUGGGACCUAUGGAAGAGGGCCGGGAACUUAAACCUUCGUCCAACUGGAAGAGGGAAAUGGAUUUUGUACGCGUGGCUUGUUAUCAGUGACUUCUUUCUGAGGUUUAGUUGGGCUUACAAGUUCGUAAGGAUAUUCUCCUUCUCCCCACCACAUUACUCUUCUACCGUCAUGGUUUUUGCCUUGGGAGAGCUAGUGCGCCGGUGUCAGUGGGCAUACUUCCGGACAGAAAAAGAGGAAAUAGAGAUCGACAGAGAGGACGAAGAGGAUGAUGCCAUACCGUAG